CUUGUGAGGCGGAUCGAUAUGCGCAUCCUUCCUGCGGGAAUGAUAAUCCACUUGCUUUCCUUUAUCGAUAGGUCCAAUAUCGGCAAUGCGAAGGUCCUCGACCGCGAGCAAGGCGACUCGCUCGUGCAGACGUUACAGAUCUCCAACGAGCAAUACCUCCUCGCGCUUAUGAUCUUCAUCGUCGCGUUUACCAUCAUCCAAACGCCGUCGAACUACAUGCUCAAGAAGUGUGGGCCCUCGCGCUGGAUGGCACUAAUGAUGUUCUGUUGGGGCGCCAUGACCAUGCUUCUUGCGGCCGUGAAGAACUUCAGUGGCCUCGUCGCCGUUCGCUUCUUCUUAGGAGCGUUCGAGUCUGGACUCUUCCCCGGACUGGUCUACGUUAUCACGUUUUGGUACCGCCCUGAGGAACGAGCAGUACGUAUCGCCCUUAUUGUCGCCUGUUCGUCUCUGGGAGGGGCGUUUGGGGGGGCGAUCGCGUUUGGGAUCGGGAAGCAUCUGAACAUGGUACGCGGACUAGAGGCUUGGCGCUGGCUCUUCCUUAUCGAGGGCGCUCCCUCGUGCUUGGCCGCGAUACUUUGCGCGCUGUUCUUCCCAGACUAUCCCGAGACCGAGGCUUGGCUAUCGGAUGGAGAGCGGGAGCUCGCGACGCAGCGCAUCAAGGGUGUCGCCUCGUUAGGCCAUGAGAAGAUCACAUGGCCGGAGACGAAAGCGACCCUCAUGGACUGGCGGCUGUACGGGCACUACAUCGCUUACAUCUCGAACUCAGUGUCGUUCUCGAGCAACUCGCUGUUCGCGCCGACGAUCGUUGCUGGCUUGGGCUACACAGGGCUGGACGCGCAGCUGUUCACUGUGCCACCGUAUGCUAUCGGGUUUGUGGUCACGGUUCUGGUGUCAUGGAUCGCGGAUAGGUACGAGGUGAGGUCCUUGGCGACGUUCUUCUCGAUGCUGCUAGCUGGCGUAAGCUAUGUCGUGCAAGGUGCACUUCCUCCGGAUGCAUUUGUGACACGCUAUGUAUUCUUAUGCAUAGCGCUCUCCUUCUCGUUUGCCUGCAAUCCAACCUCGAUGAGUUGGUUGACGGCGAAUCUGAGAAGUACAGGCGCCGCAACUCUGGCGAUCCCUUUGUGUGUCGCCUUUGGACAGUUGGGUCAAAUCAUUGGAGUAUAUAUCUACAAGGACUCCGAAGCGCCUGGCUUCCCGACUGGUCACUUCACGAACGCUGGCUUCCUCAUCGAAGGAGCGAUCCUGAUUAUGUCCCUUCGUCUCUUCUAUGUAUAUAAGAACAAACGGCUCGCCUCUGGAGAACGUCAAUGGCGCUUGUAGCAUCCAC